AGUACGCCUCAGUCCUCACCUUUUAAAACCAGGUGUAGUAUAAGAACUGCGGUUAAGUACACUGCAGCGAUAAACCAAUGAGAGCAAAUUUGAAAUGUCGUGCUAGGCAAAAUCCGUGCCGGUUGGUGACGCUCCGUAGGCUGAGGCUGAGACGAUUAGCGUCAGCUCAGCCGCAGUGAAGAAUUGCUUCAGUUCCGGCGACGAGGAGAUGCAGCUUCGCAGCAAUGCAGUUCGAUCCUUGCCUUCUUACGCCGUCAAGGACCUACUCUCCGUCGACAUUCAUAUGCGUUAGAUGCAUCUCUCGGCUACUCGAAUCGAACAGCAGAUGUAUUGUUGUUCUUCAUUUUCACAGUCAGUAGUGCGUUCAGUUCAAGAAGAACCAAUGUCUUCGGAAGCAGAGGCUGAGUCGGAAUUCUGCAGCAUUUGUUUAGUCUUAUCGCAAUUCAAGUAUCGCGAUGAAGAAACGCUGGUGAAAAAGGAGAGCACGAGUGAUAUGGCUGUAUCAAUUGAACCACGAAUGUCAUCAGAUCGAGCUUCUCUGUAGCACAAGUAACCCUGGAGAACGAGUGCGCGAUUUUGUAAGAGCUCUUUGACUCUUUUUUGGUAAUAAUUCUCGUUUCAUUGG